GUCUAAUGCGCUUCUGAAGUCAAGCACAAGCCUCUGUAAUCGACAAAUAUGUGGCUGAAACAGAUAGUUACUGCAGUUGUCCUGUUGCUUGUGAGUUUAGCAUACGGAGAUGAUGAGAUAUAUUCAGCUAUUUUGGAGAAGGGAGAAAAAUCUUCUAAUGUAGUAAUCCGGAGAGGAAACUAUGAUGAUCCAGUUGCAAGCGGAAAGCUUAGUGGAAGUAUACAAAAAUCGGGGUAAGAUUAACAGAUAUUCCAGAGUUUUCAGUUGCUCAUUCGGCACCACAGUUGCUGAAGAAAUCCAAUCGUCACUUGGCUGUUAGAUAUUUGGGACGUUAGGUUGUGAGUUAUCAACUCACAUUAUUUUUCAUCACAGUUCAAGUAAAGGACGAAAAUUUACAUCUGAAAAAAGGUGAUUUUAAACAGUUUUGUCUCGAGGUCACGCUACAACAUAAUUAUCUACUUGUUUGUUUAUAUUCAAGUCCAGUGACUAAGUUAAGACGUUCACGAGUCGUAACAAGUACUAACUCAUUUUAAGUGCUGCUCUCGCUAAGAGCGGUCCUCUCGACUUCCCGUAGGAAAAAAAGUUUCUUUUAUUUUUUGCCCAUGAAAAGGGUUUAGGACACAUGUUCCAAAAAUAGUUUAGUUGUUCUCCGAUUCUCUUUUUUUUGCGAUGCCACAAGCCAACAAUGAUAUUUGGCUAAAACACCCGUGUGGACAGCGAUCGAAAGUGAAAAUUUCAGACUUCAGAAAAAUUCGAUACGUCGUCCCGACAUUCCGAGAAAGAAAUCAGGGCUGAAAUACCCGCAGUCACUACAAUCUUUGCUUUCUAUGAAUCAAGUAAACGUUUUAAGAGAUAAAUUCCUUGUAAAAUAACUUUCGAUUAACUGAGUUUGGUUUUGUUUACUUUGUAAGUCACGCAAGCAUGCAAGCGUUACGACCGAUCACGUUUACGCAACGUUUUAGGAUGAAUCGGCGUCUAUUCUCCAUUCAGUUGUUAUGAAAACCUCAAAUCCUCAACGUAGAGGAUAAAUAAACGAAGUUUGAACGGUCAAAAGGAGAUCUUGGUCAAUUCAGAAUUAUGCAAAUGAUCUUUGACACGAGCGCAAUUGAGCUGACACAUGGAUUUGCGUUGUUUUUAAGAUGUUGGUGGAUGGAAGUUAAAGAUAUACCCGCGGGUUUGAGGCAAUCGGUGACUUCAUUAGCGUAUAAAAUAUGCACUGAUACGCUUCUUUAGCCCGAUUAACGCCUUCAUUUUGAGAAUUCUUUCGUACAAAUUGGUGAAUUUUUUAUAUGCAAAUUAGGUCAGCAGUUAUAUUGGUAGGUUUAGAAGAUAGCUUCAUUAGAUCCGUUGGCUAAAUAUUCGUGCAGAAAAAAUAUUCGUAAUCUUUGCUUCUCUUUGAGUUAUCUACCAGUCACGCUAUUCCUCCUCUCCGAAUAUAAUGACGCUAUCUCCGAAUAUAAUCACGCAUUCUUCCCCACCUAGAGGUAACGCUUUAAAGUAUUUAUUUUCGAUAUACAGCUGGGAAUUCUUCCAAGUUGUAACCCGUGGUGACUACGAAGACAAGCAGCAAGCAUUGGUUGCUGGCAUGCUGGAGGGCUAUGUGACGUCACAUUUGAUUGACAUGCACUGGCUUAACACGUUGGCUGAUUAUUGCUCAGAGGACCCAGAUUUCUGCUUCUCUCUCGGUGAAUUCCUCGGAGAGAAUCUGUCUUGGAUGAGAUUUCAGAUACAGAACAACCCAACAGAUGAAUACUGGCACCAGGUAAAACUAUAAUUUCAGCAGUUAGUUGAAACAGAAUGACAUCUCCUAUAAGAAGAGAUCGAUUGUAUUGUGACUAGGCAGGUACUACAGCAGAAAGGCAAAUGUAUUGGUCACCUCCUGUACUAUACUGUAAUUACUCCAAAACAGUUCUAACUUACGAUGGAGAUUAAACAUCUUAACAGCUGUCCUAAAUCAGAACAGUUUCCUUGUUACUCCGUGGUCUGAAGUGUAAAAAUUUGGUGUAAUUUGACGUUUUCUCUACCUUUCGGAGCGUAUCAACAUGCUUUUUUAUUACGAAAGGAACUCUGACAAUUUGGACAAAAGUUUUGAAACACAAUUUUUAUUUCUGCCUCCUUCCUUGUUACAAUAUCAAUGUUUGUCGUGGGCUUUUUCAAGAAAGGUUGUUUGAAAAAGGACAAAACUGCUGCGAUAAUCUCGAAAGGUAAUUUGGGUACCCGGUAGUCAAUAAUAAUACCUUAAUAGGUCUACUAAGUAUGUAAUUCAUCCAACCUGUGAUGCCUCGUCCUUACAGUGACUUUUUCUCAGACUUCCUUGAAAUCUUAAGGCCAAGGAACCGUGACCUGAAAAAUACCCACGGUACCUUUCGCGUUCGUCACGUGCAGGUUUACGCUUCUUUCCAACAAGCGUUCUCGAAACAGCUUUAUGCAUUUGGUGAUUUUCCAUUUCGUCAACAGUAUACAUCAUUCUGGGGGAGGGGGGGAGGAAGCAGGAACGAAAGAAAACUAGAGGACGGGAUGGUAAACUUUACAAAUUUCAUAUUUGAAAUCAUUUUUAGGACGUAUGCAAAUCUCCCCUCGCCUAAAGAUCUUUGUUAAGGACUGUAGCUUUACACUGCCCAUCUUCCUUUCUUCGUCACAAAUGAUUAAGUAUAAAAAAUUAACUUCACGAACUGGCUGCUAAUCAUCUACAACAUUGAUUGAUCAAGGAGGAGUACAUAGUUGCCUUACAUCGAUCUUUCACUGACAUAUCAAUCUCUCUUAACAGACAAAUGGAGCGAGGCAGCCAAUGUAUUAGUGACGAAAAUCUUCAUAACAAAAAAAACACAUUCAAAAACAACAUUCGAAAAUACUGUAACAAUGGAAAUGCCAAUAAUAGUGUCUGAGAGUUUCCUUUAUCUCAGUGUUUUAUUUCACCAAUAGAUUCUGUGUUGCGGCCUUCUGUUCAAUAAUAGAUCUCUUCUAUAGAGGCAUUAGAAGAACUUUGUUGGCCAACACUUUUUAAACUUAGGUUGUUUCACCGCUGUGUCUUCGUUUAUAAAUAUGUAAAUGGCAUUAUAGAUUUUAAGUUUGAUACAAAGCUAAUCAGUGACAUCCAUUCUUAUAAAACUCGUGGCAAAUCCAAUUUUUACUUACCGCGAGUUAGGCGCAAUUAUGGAAAACAGCGCCUUUUAUAUCAAGGACUGGGAGAAUGGAAUAGUCUUGACAAGUCAAUACGUAACAUGAGGUCACUUUUAAUUUUUAAGCAAUUUUUUAACUCAUUUUAUGAUGUAAUUUUAUUGAACAUUUUAAUAUUGUAUUUUUAACUAUUUUUAACCUUUCAAAUUUAACAUUUUUCUUUUUUUUGGCAGGGCCUCACUGAAUAACACCUUUGGUGAUGUGAGCUCCCUGGAUAAAUAACAUUAUGAUUAUUAUAGACGAUGUCAAUAUGUGGUAAGAACAAUGAAUGGCACUUUUAUAGCCGAGUGCGUCACUGAUGUUCUCACCACUUUUUGACGUCUACGAGUCAUUACUGAAUAGGCCCAUGGUAACAUAAAAUCUAUCUUCUUUAUACAAUAGAUAGGCAAAAAAUUGGUAGUGGUGGCGCAAUUUAUGCAUCUGUCCUGCAAAAGAACAUAGUUGAGAACCAAUCAAAAUGCGUGUAUAAUGUUCGUAUUAUUUUAAUUAUUAUUGUUCUCUUUUUUCGAGGUUGAACUUGUUCUUGAGCAGCUUGAGGGUCUGAAAGAAGGAUACAGAGAAAACAAAAGUAAAGCUGAAGGAGCUGUCAUUCCUGAUUUUGGAUUCCUGUAAGACCUGUUUAGUGAAGUGUCGUAGGAAAAUAAGCUCAGCAAACCUUGGAUGUAUUGUGUGUCAUUCAUGUGCUUGUCUUGAGUUGUACGAAGAAGUCAGUAUAAUGCAGUUGAUUCAUCACAUUCAUUCUGGUUCUGUACCAAGAAGUGACUUAAAAAGUCUAAAAAGAGCGUGGUAACUUCGCCUAAAAGGGAUGCUAAUGCCAUCAUAGGUUACUCUUAUUUGGUCUCUGCCACUCUAUUGGUUCCUAUUCAUAGUCUAUUUCUUUGAGAGGCUGUAUUGUAAGAACUAGUCUUCCUCGGUUUGCUGGUAUUAUACAACUAAGGAACGCUCUAUCCUGAGGAGCCUGGACAUUAGACCAUUCACAAACCCAUUCAGGCUAACACCGGAAAUCAGCCAAAUUUACCGUUUCAUCCAUUUUAGUCGCCAAAUUCGAUGUUUGUUUGCUGUUUUCUUUUUUCUUCAUUCCCUUACAGCUUGAUGCAAGUCGCUGGUGACUUAGAUGGUUUGGAACAAGCUCUCGGUAGGAAAACUCUGAGUAAAAGUUUUGGCACAGGGUCAUGCUCCGCACUUGUCAAGCUGUUGCCUGGCAACAAGGAUCUGCUGAUUUCACAUGACACGUGGGGUUCUUACAACACUAUGCUACGGCUGUUUAAGUCUUAUAACUUUCCAUUUAAUCGUCAAAGAAUCACAGGUAUUCCCCACAAGAACUUGUUGAAUGCUUCAUACCUAGGUCGACUAGGUUUACUUGCUAUGCUAAUAAUGAUAGAAAGUGUGCGAUAUAUGCCUGAAGAGAAGUGAGGACAUGGUAGGUGGGAAAAUAGACUCUCAAGAUGUUUUCAUAACUUAAACAGAAUAGAACAAAUGAACAAGCUUCACAAAAGCAAAUACUCAGAGGACCUCAGAGGGUCAAUGAAAACUCCAACCACACGCUAUGUCUACUCAUCCUUGGUUUGUUAUUCUGUUAGUCUGGAGCAGACUACCUCCUCAUCCCGCUUCCCCUGUAUUUAAGCCUCGACGAGCGAUGUCGUUUUUUGUCCUGAUACAAUGCACUAGCCUGGAUAGAGAGAUAGAUAUAGAAGGGACUGGUCAUUAUUAAUCACUCCGUCUCAGAGGUCCCCCCUCCCCGGUGAUAGACCCUAAUGCACUGUGGCCUGAUACAAUUUUUCACCCUUGAUCUUUCUAGAUUCCGAUAUCCCUGCCAUUGUACCAGGAAAAAAGCAAUGUUUUUCUUCAUACCCAGGACGGCUCCUGAGUGGAGAUGACUUCUACAUGAUCAACAGUGGAUUGGUAAUUAGUAUUAAUUAGUUUGUGUUUCACAAUAAGAAGCCUUCCUCAGGAGAGAAGUCAGACCUCAUUAUUCUGUGUCCAAAAUUGCUGACACUGUCUCCUUUUUACUAUAACUGUCAUUACAAUUAUUAUUUUCAUCAUCAUCAUACUUAUCAUUGUCUGUUCUUUAAAUUUAGUUAGUACAAGAGACGACCAUAGACAACGAUAACCCAGCUUUGUGGAAAUACGUUCAACCUGUUGGCACUGUUUUAGAAUGGAUCAGGAACCUUGUGGCUAAUCGCCUUGCCAAUACGGCGCGGGAAUGGGUCGAGAUUUUUUCCAAGUAUAAUAGUGGAACGUAGGUUUUGACUAUGCACUGUAGCACUUUCAUGACAAGUCAUGUGGGGAAUGAGCCCCCUUCCCGCCUCAUCUCUCUCUCUCUCUUCAGUCUCCCGGGUUCGAUUCCCGGAUCUAGCUUACAUGUACGUUCAGCCAUUUUUCCUCUAAGUUAGUUCUCUACCUCACCCAAGCUUUUCUCCUUCCAAAUUCCAAUUAAAUCCUGCAAUAAACACACUGUAGUGCUAAACUCUCGCUGCACUUAAUUUUACGAUGAAACAUUUGUGGUCUAUUUUCUGAGAAGAUAUCUGUGGAAAAAGGCUUUGUCCAUCUCCCUGGUGAACUCCUCUAAAAAUGAUGGGGAUGUAUGCAGAUUUUAACUAUCUGUAUGUGCAAGCCUACCAAAUUCCUCGCCAACAAUCAGUUUCGUCCCAAACACCCAUAUUUUUCAACUCACAGCGAGAGGACAAGCGCCUCUGUCAUUUGCUACAAUAUUUCCUCAGGAUGUCCCCUCUCCAAGACUUCACACGUGAUUACCAUUCACUAACAGCAGCUUUGGAUUCUUAACACUUUUCUUGAGCUUCAUUUUAUUGCAUUAGAUCUGCUCAUUAAAAACGGUAGGAAAAGAUAAGGCUGACAGCUGCAGUAGUUCUUGCUAUGAAAAAUAUUUUAAGGUUAAUUAUGCUGCUUUCUUUACCUUCAUCUUCCCCAUUGGUUAUUUUCUACCGGAAAUACACGCGACCUCUCAGCUACAAUAACCAGGUAAGAUUUUGAAAAAAACUUCACGAGUUUGAUACAUCUCAUUAGUAAUUCUCCUUACUGACUGCUGUUCAAUUCCUAUGGUUUUAGUUCUGAGAAUUUGUUACUGGAUCAACCGAUAAUACACUAAUUGAUAUUUCUCUUUUUAUUCUCAUCACUUGUCUGCUUGAAAUUUUUACGGAUAUUGUAGGGAGAAAUUCUGUCUUGGUCACUCACGAGAGUUAAGGGUUAACUAAUGUCACUAAGGUAUACAUAAGACGCUGCUACACCAAAGAAAAACACCUAAUAAAAUCUUGCGUUGCUUCUUGAUCCAUGUGAUAUCAGUCCACUGAUGAAUUGAACCCUACAUUGAACUUGACAUAGAUAUACAGUAUUUGAAGUCAGGGGGUCAAUUCUACGAGCAUUUUUGUUGUAACUCAGUUGACCCUACAUAGUUUAACCCGUGGUUAAAACGUGUGAGAUGAAAACUAUUGAUCUGUUUGAAGUCUUGUGCUCAAAAACUCCAACUAGGAUUAAGAGAAAAAAGCUAUAUUCUCUUGCUGGGACUAGUUCCACUGAGCUUGUUCCUAAACUGUUUUGGUGUCACUCUCUUGUACUUAUACGAAUUUUUUUUUCUGUUUCCUUUUGUUCGUUGGUUUUUCUUCCAGUGGAUGGUCGUGAACUAUAAGCAGUUUGUCCCGAAUCAACCGCUUGCGCCCGAUACAUUCUGGGUUCUUGAGCAACUACCAGGAACUGUUAUGAUGGCGGACAUGUCCGAAAUCCUCGACAACGAGCGAUACUGGGCAAGCUACAAUCUACCGUUAGUAUGAUUUACCCUUUGACUGGUACCCCCACCCCCCUCCCCCAGACAGAAACAUAAAAGUAGAUGUUUUGGUUCCCAGUGAAAUCCGUUUUGUUUCCUUCAUAGAUACUUCCCUGAAAUCUACAACUUAAGUGGCCAACCAGAGAAUGUCAAGAAAUACGGUCCAUGGUUUGAUUAUCAUUUGAACCCACGAGCUCAAAUCUUCAAAAGGGACCAAGGAAAAGUGAACGACUUGAGUGGCUUCAUAAAGUUAAUGAGGUAUGCCUGUAAAUGGUCGUUUCGCCUUCGAGUCGUUUUGCUAACGACCAGUUCGCUAACGUCUUAGGUCGUUUCGCCAACGUCUCAGGUCAGUUCGCUAACAUUUUAAAUUAUUUCACCAACGUCUCUUCUUAGUUUUGUUUUCUUCGAAGGUGCGACAAAUGAAAUGUUUUGCUGUUGGUUUAUUGCACCAUAGACGAAUGAAACCUCCAAAUUAAACCUUAACUUUGAAUUUGUGUGGAAGCACGGUGGCUUCAUGGUUAGUGCGCUCGACUCCGGAUCGAGUAGUCCGGGUUCGAGCCCUGGCCAUGGUCAUUAUGUUGUGUUCUUAGGCAGGACACUUUACUCUCACAGUGCUUCUCUUCACCCAGGUAUACAAAUGGAUUCCAGCAAAUGUGCUGGGGGUAACCCUGCGAUGGACUAGCAUCCCAUCCAGGGGGGAGUAACAACACUCCUAGCCGCUUCAUGCUAAUGAAACCGGACAUAAGCGCGGGCCACUUAAGCCUGUAUAAAGGCUUUACUUUUUUUUUCUUUGUAUUCCUGUGACUUGAGUCGUAUCAAUUCGACCUUGCAUAUAUCGAAUCGACGGUCGAUUAGAAGGCGAUCAAUUUCUGCUGAUGGAAUCACUAAAUGUUUUGUUGUGCGUUAGCGAGAUAACUUAUGGGAUGGGACUGACCUGAGACGUUGGCGAAACGAUAUAAGACGUUAAUGAACUGGUCGUUAGCUAAACGACUCGUUUUUUACCUUUUCACCAAUACUUAGUUCACCGAACUAACGUCAUAAGAAUCAAUAUCGUAAAAAGGGUUAUUGCUAAAAAGCUUACUGCUUAUUGGUUUUAAGAAUUGUAUAGGAGACAGUAAUGAGUGAAACGAUUAAGCUGAUGCAUUCUGUGAUUUUAAAUCAAUUAAAGUCACAAUUUUGCUCCUUAGCUCCUCCCCCUCCCGAAAAAGAGGGUUGCGCAGCUUUAAUAUAAGUAAUGAACGUUUUUUUAACGAUCCGGAUCAUUAUUCCAGAUAUAACGAUUACAAAUACGACAAUCUGUCCAAGUGCUCCUGUUCACCUCCGUACAGUGCUGAGAAUGCUAUAUCAGCCCGCUCCGACCUCAAUCCUGCAAAUGGCUCCUAUCCUUUCAGUUUUUUAGGCCACAGAAACCAUGGAGGCACAGACUGCAAGGUAAGAUCAGGUCUCCCCUUGCUUAGGAGUUCUCUCGGAAGAAAGAGAAAAUGUUACCGGUGUAUUUCCCUAAGAAAAUACAACAUAAAUUUCUCUCUCUAGUCCAUUCUUAUCAUUAAAUAUCCAUCUAUGUACCCGUUAUAUUCACCCUCAAGUUUUUUCCACAUCUCAGUUUUCACUGUUCCCAGAUAGCUGUUCCAAGAAGCCGGAUUGAACCUCCAAAUUACAAAAUUCCCUUCGCUGUGCGCUGUAUUUACCGUUAAAAGGAAAAAAUGAGCCUCCGAUCAAACAAAAUUUACGGUGCAACUUUUCAUACAAAUCCAAGACGUGAAUCCAUAUUAAGUUCCCUUUGCCGAUUUAGGUGACCAGUUAUGACCUAUUCGACAAAUCACUGUCGUGUAUGGCGGUCAGCGGUCCCACACAUGACCAGCAGCCUAUCUUUAAAUGGAGCACGUCGGGCUGGAAAAGGCCUAUGGGACAUCCUGACGCCUGGGACUUUGAACCUGUCACGGUGAAAUUUUCUCCACUCGAGCUUUGAAUAAAAUUGAUUACGUUUUCAAAAACUGAAGAGGCCGGUUAUUUACACAAGGUCUAACCCAAAUCGCGGUCUUACAGAAGCAGUAGGCUUCUGGUAUUCUUUGCGAGAGGGUUUAUAUAAUCAAAUAAAUGUUAUCUCUACUGUUAGCUUUCGGCCCUCUCUACACUGUUCUCAAAAAUAAAUGUUCAGAUGAAAGGUUCGACAAAAUUGAAGGUAAUUUAGAACGCGUUUUUGUUUAACAACAGAUAAACUUCGUUAAAAUAACUGGCCCUAGUUGUUUCAAGCUCAAGAAGCAUGCCAUGUAAAUAUUUUCUUCAUUGCUUAACACUGAAAAAAUGAAAGUUCUCAAACCAAUAUUGUUUCAGGCCUUUUCUUAAUCUGGGAUAACGAGUUCUAACUCUACUUUCCAAAAUUCAGUUGCACGCAAUACAAGUCCGCACAAAUAUCCUAUUGACCUAGUAUAUUUAGCUAGUUGGUGAAAAGUUUUAAAAGUUGGUAAAGAUGCUAUUUAGAGCAUAAAAUGGUGUGAUUUGGCUUGCACCCGUGAGAACCAAUCAGACUGCAAGGAUCAUAAGUUAUUUCACAGUAGACAACCGUGAAACCGCAGUAUUAAGUUUCAACAAGUGGUUUGACCCCAACCAUCCAUCUCCAUCAAUCAGAUAUGACAAAGAAUACCCAACUAGGAAUUUUUAUCAAACAUGUUCCUAAUGUACCCAAAGCUAUUGCUUUUAUCUGAGGACAUGCACUGUGCGUGCAAAGUUGCUAAAAUGAUUAAUAUCAAAGUUGUUUUUGUUUAUGUCACUCUCAAUCUCAAAUAACAAGCAGAUCACAACAUUUACAAAAGAGAUAUAUUAGCUUUAAAAAGAAACAGCUUUAUAUUUGCCGAGAAAUACUAUACCACUUGAAAAUAGCAUAACAUUAGUAGAGACAUCGAGUUAUAUUUUGCAACGCUGUGUAGGAAAAAACAGUUCAUGUUCAACAGAAGUGGUAAGACCAUAACUCUAGUGUUCUGAAGAAACCUCAAAUUAUAAAAAGAUUUCCUGGGUUGGUUGACUGUACAGCCAUAAUCUUGAGGCCACAAUGUCUGCUGAAAAUUUUUGAACACUGUUGUGAAUUGAAAAUAAUUUCUUUGAUUUAAAACCAUCUCAUGAGAUUCAUUUAUUUUGUACUGUC